GCUCUCUGUAGUUCUGUCGACACUUUCCAUAACUCGCGACUCUCGUUGCAAGAUCUUGUUGGCAAUGGCACUGCCGGAGUCACAGGAAUCACAGCUGUCCAACUUGGCGGAAAUCGUCACUGAAAUGAUGAAACGUAUCGAUGACCAAGAGUUGAGGAACAAGACGAUGCAGACGCAGAACAGCCUGGAGGUGCAAGCGCUGAAACGUCGCAUGGAGGAUUUGCAGAAUCAGACCAUCAAAGAUGCCAAGACUAUUCGCGAGGAGUACGAUGCGGCGGUCGAUAGCCUUGGCAGCUUAAUGGAAGACGUUGCACGCCGAGUGACGAAAGCGGUACAGCACUACGAGGAGCGCUUCACAUCUGACCUUGAGAAGCUGCGUGAACAUGUGACCAAGACCAUCAACACCCAAUCCACUGUGCUGACCCAAAAGAUCGAUGCGGCCUUGGCAGAAAAAACCCGCCAGGAUGGUGAUCGUGAAGGUGAGUCCGAGGAUGCUAACAGUGGAACUGCAUCCACGGCAAAGAUGGCGCGGAACACCGAUGUGAUCAUGCGUCGCAUUGAGUCGAUGGCACACAUGCUGAGGGCAGAGGCUUUGGCGCAGUCCCAAGCCUUCGAAGCAAAGUUGGCCUCGGUGGAAGCUGGACACAGCGCCGAAACCAAGAGGCUGCAAGGCAUGCUGCAAUCCUCCUACUGCCAGCUUCAGGGCUUGCAACGUUCAAUCAGUGCCAUGGAAUGUGGACUCUUUUCCAAACCGCAAAGCCCGAGACAGAAUUCCUCUUUGCAACAAAUGGUGGGCUCGAUGAAGGUGCCACACAGGGUGAACGAGCCAAAGGAGCCAAAGGAUUCAAGUGAGCCAACACUUCGCGAGGACCUUUGCAAUAAGCUCCGCAACAUCCAGUCCUCGGUGACGGGCGUUUUGACCGUGUUGGACUCGAGUGCCAACAGCGCCACCCGAGGACAGUCUCCGAACGUGAAGCAGCGAUACAACAAGAGCCCCGUGCAGCUGCCCAUCAACCCUGCUGGCACGUUGGAGAAGCAGAUGAGGCAGAAGGAAUACGAGGGGCGGGCAUCUCCUUUGAUGAGCACAUUGACGGAGGAGCGUCGCCAGUCCCCAGGUCGCUGUGCAACAACGGAGACUCGUGCUACUCAUCCUGCUCAAAUGAAUGGCGCAAGCAAUUCGAAUCAAGCUUCCUCAAGGAUUCCUGAGCCUGUGCCCACAAAAAUGAUGGCCCAACCUCCAAAAUCACGUCAGUCUCAUGGGCCCCAUGGGCCCCUCGGUGGCCAUGGUCUGGUCGCUUCCAUGUCGCAGCAGGCGAUGCCGCCGAUGAUAUCUGGUAUGUCUGGUGGCUGCAUGAUGCCCCCUGGAGUCUAUCCGAUGCAUGCACGCUCAGGGAUGGGCUCGCCCGUUGCUCCUAUGAUGGCACAGGCAAUCCCCUUGAACUUUGCCGUGAAGAGAAAAACACAAAUCUGAAAAAGUUGCCGAGAUGUGCUGAGAUCUGCUGCCAAGCCAUAAGCCAUGUCAUGUGCCAUCAAAAUGAUGUGCCAAUGAUCAAAUUAUCGAUGAUCACCGGCCACUACGGGGCAUCUCCUGGCUUUCUAAUGAAGCACAAUUCUGG